AUGUAAAACGAAAAUUAAGUAAAUCAGAUGAAAAUAGAAGAGAUUAGAAGUAUAUGCGAAGGCUAUCAUAUAAUCAAAAAGCUGGGCAAAGGAACUUAUUCAGUGUAUAAAAUUGAUUAUAAGUCAUAAGUGUUAAAUUGGGACAAAAAGGUCAUGAAUUAGUAGCCAUUAAGUUCUUGAAGAUAUAUAAUGAAUAAGAAAGGCCUGAAAUAAUAUAAAAACUAUAAUAAGAGGUUUAAAUUUUAUAAUAACUUAAUAACAAUAAACAUCCAAGAAUAAUUUAACUUAUAAAAUAUAGCGAUAAUCUUACCUACAAAGUAAUUAAAUUCUUAUAAAUAGAAAAAAAAUGGAUAAAUUGUUUAUAAAAUUGGUAUGAUCUUAGAAUUAGGAGAAAAAGGUCAUAUGCUUUCGUAUAUAUAAGAACUUCAAAAAUUUGACGAACAAACUUCAAGAUUUUAUUUUCGUUAAUUAAUGACAGCUUUAAUUCAUAUGAAAAAACAUAACAUUUGUCAUUUGGAUUUAAAACCAGAUAAUAUUGUGUUUGACUCAGAUUUUAAUUUGAAAAUUGCAGGAUUUGGAUUUUCUAAAUAAGCAAAUGGCCUUAUAGACGACUUCUUUGGAGGAACAAUAUGUAUAUUUACAAUUUAAAAUUUUAGCUUAUAUGGCACCUGAACUUUGGGAUAGAAUAGCCUAUGAUGGAUCAAAAGUUGAUGUUUUUGCUGCUGCAUAAAUAUUAUUUACAAUGAUAACUGGUUGUUUUGCUUUUAGCUAUUGUCAAGAAUAACUAUAUAAUCUAAUUUAAUAGAAUGAUUAUGCCUAAUUUUGGAAUAUUUAAAAUAAAUAACAUUAAACACUAUUUCCAUAAGGAUUUCCAGAUGAUUUUAAGUAUUUUAUAUUGUUCUAUAUUUUAAGAGAUCUGAUUAAUAGGAUGUUUGAUUCUGAUUUCAAUAGAAGAAUAACACCUGAAGAAUGUUUGUAACAUCCUUGGACAAUGGGUGUAGAAGCUAAUAAUUUGUAGGAAAGAAUAAAUCAAUAAUUGGAAUAAUAAGAAGAGGAAUAUUAACGUUAAUAAUAAAUGAGGAGAGAUUAAGAAAGAGCAGAAUAAGAAAUGAGGAAUUCAUUGCAAUAAUCAUAAUAAUCAUAUAAAUGAGAAGGAUGAGAAAGUAAAAUUAAGUGAUCAUUAUUUAAAAUAAGAGCAUAC